GAGCGCACCCGCAGCAUCGUCAAGUACGACCUCCGCACGCGCAUCAAGAGCGGCGAGACCGUGGUGGGCGCCGCCAACUACCACGACACGUCCCCCUACCGCUGGGGGGGCAAGACCGACAUCGACCUGGCCGUGGACGAGGAGGGGCUCUGGGUCAUCUACGCCACCGAGGGCAACGGCGGGCGGCUGGUGGUGAGCCAGCUCAACCCCUACACGCUGCGCCUCGAGGGCACCUGGGAGACGGGCUACGCCAAGCGCGCGGCCUCCGACGCCUUCAUGGCCUGCGGGGUCCUGUACGUGGUGCGCAGCGUCUACCUGGACGACGACACCGAGCACCUGGGCAACGCCCUGGCCUACGCCUUCGACACCCGGCGCGGCCGCGGCGCCGCCCUGGCCCUGCCCUUCCCCAACCCCUACCAGUUCGUGGCCUCCGUGGGCUACAACCCCCGCGACAACCAGCUCUACGUGUGGAACAACCACUUCCUGCUGCGCUACGGGCUCGACUUCGCGCCGCCGCCGCCCCCCGCGCCCGACGGGGACG